AUGGCUGAAGGAGAAGACAAACCGGAGUUCACAAAAUUCAUAACUGAGGUAAAGCUUCUAGAUGGAAAUCAAGCUGUUAACCAGGCCAUCGCCAAAUUAAUUUCAUUGAUGACAAAGAAACGCAAGAAAACACUGGCCACAAUCUGCAAGAAUGCAGAAGAAGCAGCCAACAUGGAGAUGAAGCUGCAAAGCGCAAGAACAUCUUUAGUUGAUAAAGUGGAAAAAAUGGAAACAGAUCUGAUCCAAGCCAAGAAGGAGAAUGACAGCCUGAAGAAGAGCCUCAGUGCCUCGGAAUAUUUGAUAUCAGACCUCCGCGAGCAGUACGACAGCGGCCACAGCGAAGCCAUAACUGAGCACUCGAAACACAAAUGUUGCAUUAACAAAACGACGUUUGAGUACAGGGAACUAUUCACAGAGCAUAUUCUUCUGAGAACUGCCGUGGAAAAGCUUGAGAAUGAGCUUGAUCAGUUCAAAAAAGAACACAUGCGCAAAGUUAUGGAUCUAAACACACAACACAACAGGAGGGAGAUGAUGCUAGAAGCGAAACAAUCAGAAGUAACUAAAGCCCUGGAGAAGAUCUCUGUGGACGAUCCACAAGUGACCCCAGCGGAGAACAUUGAAGAAUGGAAUUGUCCUUAG